CUUCAGUUGCCAGUUUGGCAUUUGUCGUUGGUGAUAAAGUAGUUCAAUUUGACCUACUUGGUUUGAGAAUGUGAUUUAGUUGAUCUAGUUUAUGUAAAAGAUUCGUUCAUUUGACCUGUUCGUUCGCGAACUACCUAUCUCUACGGCAUCUAACCUACAUUAAACAUUUUCCUAGACCGCGUCAAUCUCGAUUAGGGACAAUUAGGGAUCAGCUCGCUUGGACUUAUAGGACAGUGCAGGAACAAAAAACGGACCCAUUGUUACGUAUUGUGUCUGGUACUCCGGUAGUGUGUGUCGCGAUACGGAUACGAAUUCUCUGAACGUUUGACAUCAUGCUGAGAUCCUUGCUGCUCUUGUGCUGGGCCACGACAAUUAUGUCAGUUGAUGAGCCAAAGGACCUUAUUACCAAAGAUACAAGUGUUUCUGUCAAUCCAACCAGCCACAACACAGCUGUAAAUCUCAAGUCAAUGCUUGAACCUAAAUCAAAUAUAGAAACAAAUAUUCACUUGGUAUCUUCGAAAAAUGAACAUACACUAAAUAAUUCUAUAUCAAACACGGUCAUUUCAUCAACUACAACUUUGACUACGUCAACCACAAUUCUGAAGACUACAACACCUUUAUCGACUACAAUAACUUUGCCAACUACACCCGAAUCAACUACAAUUUCAACGCCUAUAUCUACUACAACCACUAUUCCUACAGUGCCAACAACUCUGCUUCCUCCACCAAGUACUGGAAAAUGGAUAGUUCAAGAGAAUAAUACACUAUGUAUUGUCAUUCAAAUGGCUGUGCAAUUCAAUGUUUCAUAUACCAACGAUAAUGUAACAAUUUACAAAGUGAUGGACGUACCCAGCAAUGGUAUUGCAAUAGGAAAGUGUGGUAAAACUGAACAGAAUCUGACAUUAUCAUGGGAAUCACAAAAUAAUACCACCCAGAAUAAUUUCACGAUUCAUUUCGUGAAGAACGAAACAGAAAAAUAUUACUCUCUUCAUCACUUUGAGAUUUCUUUAGCGGCUGAAGAAUUUCCGAAUGAUAAAUCAAAUAAGACGGUGACUGUAAUACAUAUGACACCACAAUUCAAAACUGGAUUAAGCAACUCUUAUAAAUGUAUCAAGGAACAGCAAAUGAAUUUAAUCUUCAAGGGUAGUAAUGUAACUGUAGGGUAUCUGAAAGUAACCAAUUUACAGUUCCAAGCUUUCCGAAGUGAUAAUACUACUAUUUUUGGCUUAGCUAAAGACUGUUCGUUUGAUACGCCUGACAUCAUUCCCAUAAGUGUGGGUUGUGCAUUGGCGGGCUUAGUGAUAAUCGUAUUGAUCGCAUACAUAUUUGGCCGCAGACGAAGUCAAGCUCGCGGUUAUCUUAGUAUGUGAGUCGAGUUUCGUGAGGUUUUUUUCUUUAUUUUUUUUCUAUUUUUUUUAAUCGUUUAAUAUUUUUUAAUGCUAUUCUGUCUUAAAAUAGAGUCGAUUGUCUUAUUGAAAAUCUAUAUAGUUAUAUUUUGUGUUCUAUAGCCACAAAGGCUAUGAUACAUGUUAAGAAGAAAAAAAUAUAGUUUAUACGUUUGUAAAGUAUCGCAUCCGCGUGCAGCAAUAUUAGAAAAAAAAAGAUACGUAUUGCGAGACGGUUUAAAACGAUACAGGGUAAGUAAUAAUUUCGAAGUAACAUGCUGUAUUCUGCAAGGGCAAAUACUCUCUAAAUAUAAAUUUACAUAGUUAAUCGCGAGAUCUGCAUCGUAUCUAUGCUGUUUCAUUUUUGACUGGCAGCGAGUAUUGUUUGAUUUUUCAUAAAUAUUGUAGUACGGAAAGAGAAUAAGGAAAAUCUGAUAAAUAUGUAUAGCAUUGAAGUUAUGUUAAAUAUCCAUGCGCUAAACUCGCUGUUUCUUAUAACGGGAUAUAUUAUAAUGCAAAAUUU